AUGCAAGAGCUCUCACUAAACAAGCAGGGCUGCAUCUACAGAGGGAGCCACGCUCUGGGCUUCCAGCACGAGCAGAACAGGAGCGACCGCGAUUCCUACGUCAGGAUCAACUGGCAGAACAUCAUCCCCGACACCGCCUACAACUUCAAUAAGCACAACACCAACAACCUGAACACUCCCUAUGAUUACUCCUCCAUCAUGCACUACGGAAAAGACGCCUUCGCCAUCGCUUAUGGACUGGAGACCAUCACUCCCAUCUCCAACGCCAGAGUCCAGUUCGGGUAGAGAUUCUCCAGCCAAUGUGCAUUUCACAGAGUCCGCCGUUGCCGGCUUGGCGUCCAGCCCGGAGGCCACGGUGG